CAGUCCUAGCAAAAUUCUUGUUUGAGAAAUUGCUCAUGCUAUGAAGAUAUUUUUGUUUCUUUUUGACCAUUUUAUUUUCAAACAAUCACAGUAGGGUACUUAACUGUUACCCAGAAAUGAUUUGAUAUUGAGAUUUUAAAAAAUGACUGCAUUGGACCUUUAAACAAGGCGGCUUUGAUCAGACUACCCACGCUGUGCGGCGCGCGCUAGUGUCUGUUCACUUUUGAUGGAAGGGGGACACGUUGAAGUAGCUAUAGGCUUCCAUAGAAAUUAUAUUUUUGUGACUGAUAAUCCAUUUCCUGACCUGUCGUAAUUCGUUUAAAUAGGAGGACAAAGACAGACAAUGCUGCGAGUAUACUGCCGAUGAUAAGAUCUCACCAGCCGAAUGCACUGAGGAGGACUUAGAGCAGGAUUGAGUGAGGAGGAACUCUCUCAGUUCUGUACUCAGGAUUAUUGGGUGUGGUUUAGGGCAGAGCUGACUUAGCCAAUCAAACCUGAGGAAGUUGCCCUGACAGCCUGCUGUCCUAAGGGGGUGACUGUUAGGCCUGCUUGCACCUACAGUAUUCCUCUGAUCCACUGGGUCCUCCAGCCGCUCCCUGGUCUCUGAUGGAGGGCAGCCCAGAGAAGCAGAAGCCCAGCCCGCGACACCGGCCCAAACCCAGGGGCCCCUCCACACUGACUCUGGGCCAGUCCCGCAGCACAGAGGACCUAUCUGAGGGCCUCCCCAGGGCCAACUUCAGGAAGGGCUUCUCCCUACGUAACGUCAGCCUGUGUGUGGUGGACGGGGUCCGGGACAUGCUCCAGAGGAGCCGAGGAGCCUCUCCAGAACCCCGCUGCAAGCUCAACGGGGAUACGGGAGGGUGUUGGAGUCCCCGCCUGCUGCGUAUGCCCCGGGGAUCCCGCUGUGCUGCCCUGAGGCCCCUGCCAGCUGAAGUGCAGAGGGAAGGAGCCCUGCGUUACAUGGUGGCAGACGACUCACACAGCAUGGGCAGCAAUGCUCAGUGGCAGAAGUGUCGUCUGCUGCUGAGGAGGAUGAGAGAAGGAGGGGUCACUGAAGGGGAGGGGGGCUUCCUGCUGGAGUUCUAUGUGCCGCCCAAGUCGUCCAAGCCCAAAUUGAGUGUUCCUCUGACAGCCGUCAUGGAGGUGCGGACCACCAUGCCCCUGGAGAUGCCAGACAGGGACAACACCUUUGUCCUCAAGGUGGAGAAUGGAGGAGAAUACAUCCUGGAGACGUUAGACUCCCUUCAGAAACACUCCUGGGUGGCUGACAUUCAGGACUGCAUAGACCCGGGGGACAGUGGAGAUGACAUUGAGCUGACGUCUUGUCCUCAUGGCCAGUUCCCCUCGGUGUCCACCUGUAACUGUGAGCUCACGGCUAACAUACCCAAGACCCCUCAGCACCGUGCUGGUCCCUGUGGCCCCUCAGGGCCCCGCUUUCGGACCCUGUUGGCCUCCCCUUUGCACCCCACCCAUGUCCCCCUAGAACGCUUCCUCCAGUCACUGGAGUCCAACAGGCCUGGAGCAGGUGAAGGAACACCCCGCUCUGAGAUGGACACCUCUCUGACCUGCUACCCAUGGUUCCACGGUACACUGUCUCGAGUGAGUGCUGCUCAGCUGGUGUUGGUGGGCGGAGCCCGGAGCCAUGGGCUCUUUGUGAUUCGCCAGAGCGAGACGCGCCUGGGAGAAUACGUCCUCACCUUCAACUUCCAGGGCAAAGCCAAGCACCUGCGUCUGUCUGUGGACUCUCAGGGCCAGUGCCAUGUGCACCACCUGUGGUUCCAGAGCGUGGGGGACAUGCUGCAGCACUUCCACUGCCACCCCAUUCCGUUGGAGUCCCGCGGGGCUGCAGAUGUCACACUGCGAUGCUACGUCCAGACACAGCGCAGCCGCCCAGAGCUCUGUAUGUCUCGGAUGUCCACCCCUACCAGAGAGCCUGGCUGUCGGAACGGCCUCCACCAAUCGGCACAAUUCUUUCCCGGAGUCUUGCAGCCAGUUGGUGGAUCCGUGGACUCUCCUCUCCCCCCCAGUUCCCCUGCUCUAUCCCGCAUCCUGCCUCCCUUCCCCAGACUAGAGGAUGGGGGUGGUGGUGGCUUACUGAGUCGCAGUGGCAGCAUAGAGCAUCUUCUACCGCCCUCUGGUGGCUCAGCUGAUGAACAGCAGGAGACUGAGGGAGCACAAAGAACAAGAGCAGUGGAGAACCAGUACUCUCUCUACUGAGGAACCUUGACGUCAUCUAUGACUCUGACAGCAUCAGGAUCAGAUAUCUGUUUUGUCAAAUGGAUUUUGCAGGUGGUGGAACAGGUUUGGAGAGCCUUUACGCACAAAAUAUAUUGAUGAAUAAAAACAAUACAGUGGUUUGAGUCAUCCUGAAAGUUGUCAUAUUCAAGUUUAGUCCCCGAAAUAUUGGAUGGUGGAAAAAAAAGUGUACAACAGGGGUUGAACAAGUCCUAUAAAUCUACCCUAAUCAUGGAACUGUAUGACAACAGUCCAGUCGUAGUGAACUGUGCGCCAGGCUCCAGGUUUAACCUGCUACGUGUGGUCUGAGUCCCAUAAUGAUUGAAAUAGGCUACAUGUCCAAAAUUAUUCCACAACGUUAGCCUAAUAUGACCCACUAAUGCUAGCGACCCUCAGGAAACACACGGACGUGAUAGAGUAAAGAAAGGUAAACAGAAUGGAAUGAUGCCAAAUGUAAGCUACAAAUUCACAGAAUGUAUGUGGGUAUUACUGACGGUGGCUCAUGAUAGAGGCUAAUAUUUAACAUGAUGCACAUUGUAAAAGAAAAUGGAGAAAAGCCCAGGUGUAAGCUGUAAUUAAAACAUUCUAAAGCGCAUACAUCAACUCAGCAGGUUCAGCCCUACAGAAGCUUGGGUCUCCAAAUUUCAUCCAUACAAUUUAUGAGGGCACAAUUAAAAUGUUGAUUAAUGGCACAGCUAUUUAUAGCCUAUUUCACUGUGGAAAAGAGGCUGUAAAUCAUGUCAUGUUGUUGUGAUUUUCAGUUUGCUUCCAUAUGGCUGGUUUCACAUUCGUCUCCAGGGAUCAUAAGGAAAAAUAAUCUAAAGCAAUUGCUGUGUAUUUACAAUCCCCUUCUCCAAACGUAUUACUCAUUUACCUAGCUCUUAUCAAUAGUUCUUAUCAAGUUAUACAUUACAGUGAAUGGAGAAAGCUGUUAUUUCUAUCGGGAAAUAUUGUUAUUUCUAAUCGCUCAACCUUAUUCAUGGUUUCCUCGCAACACAAUUUCUUAGACCUCCCCCUCGAAUGAAUAGCAUGCUAUUCUCAUGCUUAAGUUCAAGGUAAGAACACAUAGAGCUAAAAGUGCAUAAAAAGGAAGUAAGGUUCCAUUUACGCAUGUUUAACUCUGGUCAGAAUCGGGUAGGAAUGGAUGGGGACGUGCAGUGAACUUGAGAUAACGACUUGUGGUAGUUGUCAAUGUCAUGGAAUCUCAGAGCUAACACAUGACAAGGAAGAAGAGGAUGAUACACCCCAGUGGAUGGAACUGUUAUAUUCAACCUCCUCUUCAUCCCUCCCAGAUCUCAGUCAUCCCCUUUGAUCAAAAGACUGUGGCCCCAUGUCUGUACCAUAAUAAAUUGAUUCUCUAGUGAGUUUCAUAAAUCCCUUGGCCCCAUGGAGUAUUAACAUUAGUCAACAGGGAGCAAUAUUCAUUUGUAAUAAAAACAUUCUUACAGAAAUGCCACUGUGCUUGCUACUAUGACAUGUUGGUGUACCUACCUGAAUAAAAUUGUAUCAAAUGCAAAAGAAAUGUAAAGGCCCAGUGCAGUCAAAAAUUUGAUUUUCCUGUGUUGUAUAUACAGUGCAUUCGGAAAGUAGUCAGACUCCUUGACUUUUUCCACAUUUUGCUACGUUACUGCCUUAUUCUAAAAUUGAUUACAUUUUUUUUUUUUUUUACUCCAGUCACCCAAGUUAUAGACUGCUCUCUCUACUUCCGCACGGCAAGCAGUACCGGAGCGCCGAGUUUAGAUCCAAAAUAACACCUAGUUUUCAGGUUACAUACCCCUCCCAUCAGGCUUGUCCAAUUAGGCCUCUCACUCAGACGACUCCGACAGUCCUAGCAAAAUUCUUGCUUGAAAAAUUGCUCUUACCUAAGAAGCUAUUUUUGUUUCUUUUUGAACAUUUUAAUUGAAAACAAUCAAUCAUAGUACGGUACUUGAAUUUUGACCCAGAAAUUAUCCAAUUGGAGACAGAUUUAUGUGAAUAGUUUAAAAUCCACAUAAAAACAAUAUGCACAUUUUCCCACCAGAGAGGUGUUAACAUCAAAUUGACUUGUUGCAGAUAAAAGCCUGUGCGUGAUGACGUAGUGCACAUAAAAAUACAUUUUGUGGUUAAAUUCUCAUGUACCAAAAAAAAGGGUUUCAAUCGCAUUUUCAACUCUACUGAUGAUUUUCUCACAAAGAAAAUAGCGUUAUAUAGCAAGUGUGCCCACUCUGGUAUUGGCAAGUGCACUAGAGUGUACGUAUAACUUACAUAAGAUUAUAUGGACAAAAGAGCGAUAAAUAUAUAAAAAAAUAUUACAGCAGCCAAGCAUCGAUUAUCAUGUCACCAGAAUAAGACCCUAGAUAUUUAUUGGAAAGGAGCAUCAAACUCAUCACCUUACACUUUCAACACCCUGUGAAGUUCAUCAUAAUUUAUUUCAUCUGUAGUUUAAUAAACUGCAUGCUUUCCCGAUGAGUCGUAGUGGUAGGACCACACAAUAUGUCAUCGCGUGACUCCAAGUUUACUUCGGUAUGAUGGUUAUUAUGUCAAUAUUUGUGCAAAAAAGCAUUUCCAAUGACAUUUCUCGCAUAAUUCAUUUUACGACACAAAAAGAUCUCACCUUGUUUAGUGUAUUUUGUUUUGCCGACAUUUGGAAAUUUUACUGAAAAAAAUGUUUGUUUCCAUCAGGCCUUUCAUAAAAAAAAUGAUCUGACAUGUACUUUACGCGCAUAAAAGUUUGGAAACCUGGUUAUUGAGAUAAAAUGGCUGCAUAUGACCUUUAAAUACAUUUUGUCCCCUCUAAUUCAAUUAAGAUUCUGUAGGAGACAUCUGGUGGUAAAAAUAUUUGACUACACUACACUAACCAAACACUUAUUAUUAUUCCCCAUAUUUUAAAGUUCUGUCUUUUAAAAUGUAUACUUACAAGAACAUCAAUGCAUUGCCGUUGGGAUAAUUCUAACUCUACUGCCUCUGUAAAUUUGCUAACUAUAAUAUUUUUUAUAUAUACAUUAAAGCGACCUCAAAAGUAGUGUAGAUUAGUUCAUCAAACAUGAAUAGGACUACAUUUUGAAGUCUGAAAAUGUCUGACUCACAUUGGUCACGUGCAUCUCUAUUAGACUGAAUUGUAGGGCCGGGACGAUACCAGUAUCGCGAUAUUCGUUAUUAUCGUGGCAAGAAAACAAAACACGAAGCAGAUUUCUUCUUUAGGAAAACAGUCCUAAUGUUCAAAACAAACAUCAUUAUGUUGUCAUCCAGAGUCACAUGUAUUUAUUUCCCAAGCUUAUAGCACACCAAAUUUUACAUACAGCAGGUUUUUUCAAAAAAGAAGGUUCUGCUUCAUGUUUAAAUUUUUGCCAUAUUGCAAUACUCGUAUCAUCCCGGCCUUACUGAAUUGAUGCAUCUGCAGGAGAGUAAAUAAACACAAAUUAUUCUGGACUGUGUAGUACCCAUUUUUGUACGGUUCUACAACAAUGGAAAGUCCUGUGCUGCUGUAACCCUUAUGAUUAACCCUCUUUGUAUUCAGUAUUGUAUCAACACUGACACAUGCUAAUAAAGACCCAAGUGA